CACCACCACGAAACCCGCGCCAACCAACCUGUUGUUCAUUAACAAUUUAUUAACUACUCCGUCACAAAGAAAACGAAUCAAUUUUUAGAAAACGGACAGCCAAACUAUUUUUAAUAUGUGAACAAUUAAACUUUAAAUUUUUAUGAGGGGUGAAGCUAAUUAUUUUAAUUAUUUUUGGACGACGAGAGUGCAUGUUAAUGCUGGACAAGGACUGUUUUUAACCUUAAACUGACAUCGAUAAGACAACGAAACGAAAGGAUCUGUAAUUUUGUAAUAUCGACUACUUUCGAUCGCAAUUUUGUAAAUUAUAAUGGCGACUAAUGGAGGAUGUCCACCGCCAAGUAAGGACUUAUCUCGUGAGAACAAUGGGAACGGAAAUCAGCAUAAUGUUCACAUUGUUGGAAAUAAAGUUACACCGAAACCGGUCGUCGAUCUGGAUGAGGAUCUGAGAAAGAAGGUUGAAUCUCUCAAGAUUGGUGACACUAAAAACCAAUUAUUCCGUGCAAUCGGCGACCCUGCUGCCGACCCGACGAGUCAAUCGAAAUCUUACGAAGAUUGGAAGGACGAACUUCCCAUUCAUCUCAAAUCGUUAAAGUUUAUGAUUGGCGUUUUGCACGAUCGCCAUCAAUCGUCGGGUUUUGUGUCCAUCCCUGAAAAUCCUGAUUCUGCACCGAAACUACAAAACAUGAACAUUUUAGAAGACGAAGGGUGGGAAGAUGGGGCUGAUCAGGUGACUGAAAUGCUGUUCAAGAAACGACCCAUCCGACUGCCAUAUUACCAUCAUUAUGGGUUGGGUGUGGGUGGUGGUAGUGGUGGGGCCGGGAGAAGACCCAGGAUGGUGGCGACGACGAGGAAUAUCCCUCGACGCCGUACAAAAUCUGCUGGACCCGAUCUCUCCUCUUAUCGGAACGAAACCCCAUUUGGCACCCGAUCCUACAAGCAUCGCGACUCCGACACGGCCUUAAGCUCCUCCUCGACCGCUUGGUUUCGUAAACGACGCUCCAUCGAUCUCAACGGAGUUCAUGUCGUAGAAGAAAUAAGUGAAGAGGACGAAGAUGAUCUUGAAUUGGAUCGUAUCCUUCACCACCGGAAACGGAUUGGAAGUGCGGACGGAUCUCCAGACUCGCUCAGCGUUGAGAUGGAGUUAAAUUUGAAUUCGGAUUCUUCUUUGUCGAGCCCCAUUUUGAAACCCGUUCAUCGACUUAGACGCGAUUUGUGGAAUAUUUCACCCAUCUCGGAAGACUUUUCCGAAUCUGAUAAGGAAGUCGAGGUGGCAGUUGGAAUUGGUGGUGGGGACGAAGAAAAUGCAAAUCUAGAUCUCUCUGCGGUAUCGUCGACUAACGCGACGUUUGGCGAUUCGUGUCUAGUUAAUUCUUCAAGACUGAGCUGCUCCUCUCCCAUCUUGGCUCAUUCUCCCUCCCUGAGAAAGACGCCGGUCUCAAAUUCAUCAGUACUUUCAUCCUCCCAUGUUGACACUCCUCCUGCCACUGGAAUAAGCAGCGUGACCAGACGAAUUCGUGCCAUUGCACGAUGUCUCGACGACAUCUCGGACAAAGAGGAGGAGGCCAAUACUUCAACGACGGAAGAAAGUGACAGCAGCAGUGACGAAGAGGAGGAAAAGACUGAAAGUUUCGAAAUCGAUUUGUGCGCUGCGGGUGACGCGUCCUCCUCUUCCGUGAACCUUGACCUUCUCAAUACUUCGUUCACGGACGUGAGCAGUUCAAGUUUGAACAUGGAAACCGAGUUGAUGCAAGAAGGCCAAGCUAAAGUUGCCGAUGGGGACAAGAUAACGCCACCAUCCACGAUAACCACGACAGUCUGGGAAACACUGAGUGCUAACAUUCAAGCUCACAUGGUUGUCGGUAAUCCAGCCGGAUUUGUGGAGGGGGUAGAUCGAAAUCAGCCUAAAAAAUCUUAAUUAUCGUAUUAUCACAUUAACAUAAGGACCAGUUAAAACUAAUCUGACUAAUUGUUUACGAAAAUUUUGCAUGUUCUAAAUCUUGUCGUCAUCCGGCCACUGGUUUUCUCGUGUUUGUUACGUUCCUAAAAGCAAUUCCAAAAGUAUGGCGUCAAAGUUCUUAACUAUCAUGAUUUAUUUAUUAGUUUAGGAUAAUAAUUUACGAGAUUGUAAUCUUGAAUGCCUUAAUUUCUCAGUGUCUUAUUUAAUUCCGCCUUGAUUAUCAAGACAAGGCAAAAAACUUAUUAGUAUUCACACAUCAUUCCGUUCAAGAUUGAAUUUCUACUAGUUUUUUGAACGAAAUCAACUAUUUAUGUAACAAUAGAUAGACAGGAGACACACUAUAUUGACAAAGUCAUACAUACACCUGAGGAGGGGAGGUAGACCCCCCACAAAUCCUUUAUUUUAUUGUAGUUGUUGUGAGUGUGACAACUUGUCAGCUAAACAAAGGAAAUCUUACUUCUUCUUCACCUGUCUCGUAUAUCUGUCUUGUCUCUACAUUAUACAUUUAUUACUAACGAUAUAAAAAUUAACAACGCAAUUAGAAGAACGAAAAUAUGACGAAAUCCUGUCCAGCACAAGACAAAAACAACUCAACUCGCACAGUAUGCAAGAGAAGAAAGACAAAACAUCUCAGUUUACUAAUCGGUCGGUGAUCCGGUCGUUAUUCUUAUCGUGUCACGAUACGAGUAGAAUUUAUUUAUAUCUAUUGACUAUUAUAUACUAAUCCGUAGUAGUGUAUGAAAUAAGUCAAUCUUUUUUCCUUGUUGGUAAAUCUGUCAUAGUUUUGUGGAGAAUUACGUCUUAUUUCAUGAAUGAUUUGAUUGAUGAAUUGAUUUCCUGGUAGGUUGGGCUUUUUCUAGAGAUAAGAAUAUUAAUAUUCAGUCUUUUUGUAUGGCGUGAUUGUAUUUUUGGGAGAUUUGCUGUAUUUUUCCUGGCAUGUUUUUGUUUAGGUUGUCACUGUCAGCAUAAAUACGUAGGUAGUAUUGUGUAACAAGUACUUUACUUAAUGGUUACUGUUUUUUACCACGCUGUGUUUUCAGCUUAUUUCUUCCACGUUGUUUUGUUUUAUCCAGGCGAAUGAAAACAUCAUUAGUAUUUAUAUUUAUGAUAAAUUAUGCAAUUGUGUUGUUGUGUGCAUUGUAUUCAGAUUUACUUUGGGCAGAAAAAAUGGAUGCGUCGUCGUCGUUGUUGUUAUUUUUGCCUUAUGUGUACGGUUUGUACCUAAUUGUAUAUAUUGUCAUCUUAACUGUUUGCUGUUAAUAUUUUUACUGCUGUUAAUUAAUGAUGAGCUAAUUGGUCACUAAAUGCAGGUAGGUUUUAAGGCGAGCUAAUUUUAUGAAAGUAUUAAAUACUUGUCCAAGACUCGAUAUGAUGAAUUAUUACUUUUGUGUAAGAAUUGGCGAGUGAAGUGGCAAUAAAAAACUACAUGUGGGAAAAC